AGAUAUAUCACAGCGGGCAGAGCGACGGAGCAUUCAAGUCUGCAGCUCCCGCAUUUAUUGGUAGGACUGUGGAAGUUGUCAUUCCCGCACGUUGCCAGGAAGAAUGAAGGCCCAGGUGGUGAUGGUAGCGCUGGUGGUGGUGCUGGCGGUCUUCACGCAAGUGGAGGCCUGCGUGCCCGGCACGUCCUGGUUUGAUGGAUGCAACCGAUGCAUCUGUAUUAACAGGCAACCUGCGUGCACCAAGAAAGCUUGUAAGGGUUAUCGUGGCAGGCGUGCUGCACCUCACAUCCCUCACCUUGAAUAGAGAGAAUUGAAAACCUUGAACUCAAGAUGACGCUGGCCCUUCCCUCAGUCCAACGGCGCCAUCUAGCCAGCUGACGGGGGUAGCGGGAAGGAAGGCGAAUAAAAAUGACAAAAACAUUGUGGUUUUAUUUGUUAUUCGAGGAGUGACGUAAGUCUGAGCUCUUGGUGAUGAACAGAAUAGUUAACACAUAAGAACAAUAACACACACACACACGCACGCACACUAAAUAAAACAUCAGUGGAAUGUAUUACCAAAGGCAACUGUAUUUCAGACAAUAUGCGUAAAUUUAGAAUUUAAUAAUUUGGUUUUAAGAGAGAGAGAGAGAGAGAGUUUAUUUCCAGUCUGAUUUAAUACUAAAAACACAGAUCAGUGCCUCCUUUGUGCCUAUAAAUACAAUUAACCACUUCAUUUUUUUCAAAUUCUGGACGGUCACUGAAUAAGUUGCGUUCGGUGGUUCUGAAGCAGCGAGUGGCACAGUGAGCCUUGAGAAGACUGACUGUUCUCUGAGGCUGAGGUGACGUCGGGGAUGUACGCACGAGCACCAGUGUCUUAGAACAUCCCUAAACACUGCCACAUCCCCCUAGCGGUUACCAGAGGAAGGAAGGAAGCACACUGUUGCUCGGCAAUGCGAGGAAGGGACCGGUUUUAACGAUGGCUGUAACACUUGUUCUUGUAUCGAUGGUUUAUACCUAUGCACAAUGCGGGCUUGUCUUCCUGAAGUGGUGAUAUACGAGUGGUGCUCGGCCAACGGUGAGGGUGGCUGGCUGAAGAACUGUCACUGGUGCAAGUGUGACACGGAUAACACAGACCCAUCAGACAUCAAGACGGUUCAGGUGUGCACCCGCGAGGCGUCUUGCUUCAUAGGCUCCAAAGUGUGGCCGGAGUGCUCCGGGGACGUGCACUGGCAGGAAGAUUGUAACACCUGCCACUGCACGAAUGACGGCGUGGCGGUGUGCACCAAGAAACGCUGCCAACCUGAGGAAUGAUGUGCUCUCUCUCUCUCUCUCUCUCUCUCUCUCUCUCUCUCUCUCUCUCUCUCUCUCUCUCUCUCUCUCUCUCUCUCUCUCUCUCUCUCUCUCACACACACACACACACCAAGAAAACACUGCAGUUUAUACAAGAACAAUCAGGAAAUAUGAUAAAAUUGAUCACUCACAAUUAAAGCAUACACAAUGACACUCAAAUACAUCAACAAUAUACGUAAAUAUAUACACAAGUACAACAGCGCAAGAAUGUGAUAAAACAGUAUUAUUUGAGAGACGGUUAGCCAAGAAAACACAAUGUACAGUAUCAUCUGAAAGACAGGACCUGAUGAAGCGAGUUGUGCCUUGAGACACGGCUACCCAAGAAAACACACACUAUAAGAAAUUGUUGUUAUAAGAUGCACUAUGUAUUUUGUUUUACUUAUCAAUAAGAGGGAAACAAUGUUAAAUACACGCCUCUAUCAGAAAGGACCAAUAUACUUGAAACAGCACAUUUGUACAGUAGUUUCUGGGUGUUUGCUUAAUUUUUGUGUUGCAUCUUGUUAUUCACAUUGUGAUUAAUAAAGUGUUGCAUGCUUGUGUUGUGGAUUCAGUGGUGGUGGUGGUGGUGGUGGUGGUUAGUCUGCUGAGUCAACUGAUGAUAUGCCCUUGACAGUUUAGAGCACUUUACAUUACCAGUGGUGUGAGCAAAUACCUAAAAAGACUGGGAGGUGAUUGCUGGUAGAGGUGUGCACUGCACUACACCAGCUGUUUGUUGAUCCGUGCGUGGCACGUCACUGAAAGUGACGUGGGAGAGACUGUUUGGCUUAUCUAGAGUGAAGACCGUGAAUAAGAGUGGAAGAGGUUGAUGAGAUUGUGUAUAUUGUUGUUAUUUUUAAUAGAUUCAUAUAGAAAUCAGCCAUGACAGCAUUUCAUAUUUAAUGUUGAUGGUGUUUCUAAAAUGUUUUAUAUGGAAAUAAGGAAAUCAGAAAUUUUGGAUUUUUGAGAUUCAUUGGCAGAGUGAUUUCCAUAAAAUAAAUAAAUAAAUAAUCCAUAUAAACAGACAAUCCAUAAAAAAAAAAAAAAAGACAAUGCAAAUGUCAUGAAGCACUGCUGCCUGAAAUGGUAGGUCUGACAGUAGUGUAAGAAAUAAUCUAAUAGUCCCAUAAUCUGUAAAUGGUCCAAUAGUCUACUAAUAUCGUCCUGUCACUAGUUCUGCAGUAGUCUAAUACUCUAACCACUAGUCUACCAGUGCUGAGUUGCCUCACACCUAGAGUUCAAACCAUCCACAAAUGAUCUAAUAGUCAGUCUAAUAGUGUGUAAACAAGGAGUAGCCUAAUAGUAUAUAAAAUAGUCUGUCAGUUACUAAUACUAUAAUACGUCUUUGAAUAGUACGUAGUAGUAGUAAUUUUUUUUUUCGAACACGCCAACAAUGAUGUACUAACACAACGAUAGUCACAGUGGCGUACUAAUACAACGAUAGUCUUGUAAUAGUGGACAAAAAAGUGUGCAUGCUUCUGAAUAGUCUAACUAGCAUUCUUGUGAUAGUCAAACAGUUGUCCACCAACAGUGUGCCAAUAGUCCUACGAAAGCCUUAACAACUCAGUCGACACACUAAUGAUAACAACAGCCUAACAAUUUUCUGUCAAUGGCUUAACAACUUUGAUGCUAAUGUCAAAUGUCAGUACUUAAAAGCAGUGGUUAGAGUUAGUUGUAUGUUGUGAAAGUAAUAUGAACAGUCCAAUACUCAAGCUUACUAAUUAAUAGUAGUUUCACAAUAAUAACAGUGUAACAAUAAUCAAAUAGAUAAUUUAAAGUUAAACAAUAAUAGCGGUUGAAUAAGUUGAACAGUAAAGUCUAGAAACAGCUGUAUAAGUUUGAUAAUGAUAAUAAAUACAUCAUAAAAUAAUCAUAUAAAUAUGACAACAUUUAGUCCGUCAACAGUGAAAUAGUUCAAAUAGUCAAAGUACGGGCAGUCCCGUGAAAUAAGACUGACUAACGCACGCCUCGAGACAGUGCGGCAUCUUGGAGCAAGGACGGCUUAUUGUUUACCACGCCAGUGUUCCUCCAGCAGGCAAAGGGGAAGAUGUGUUGUCGCUGAGUGCCCUGAUUUCCUAGCCUGGUGCCCGUAGCUAUGUUCGGAGGCGGCGAGGACGCGGUGCACCCUGGGGGCCUGCGUGCCGCCUUCCCUGUGGCGGAGAACGGCACGGAGGACAAAUACUACAAGAAAUACAACGCCAUUUUGAGGAGGUGCAGCGGCGUGCAGAAGGAGAACGAGAUGCUGGUGAACCGAGUGCACCUGGUGAAGAAGAUGGUGCAGCGACUGAGGAGGGAACGCAGGUACUUGAUGGAAGAGCUGGAUAGGCGCGGUGACAAUUACAGGUCCCUGCCACUCACUAUUGCUAUUGAAGAAGAUGAGAAGUCCUUUGCUCUUCCACAGCAGACCUCCAGCCUUCCAGCACUGGGGCGCCCAAGGAGCUCUGGGUCAUCCCUCAACAGCAGGAGACAGCCACAGGUCAAGAGGGAGAGAGUGGAGCGUGACACACCCGCCCCUAGCCCCAAGCGUCCCAGCAACGCCUUCCUGCAUUUCUGUCAGGAGCAGCGUGAGGCAGCCACAGCCCACCACCUCCACCAGACUGGCCGCAUGCCAGACAAGAAGCAGCUCACCAGACAGCUUGCUUCACGCUGGAACGCUCUCCCAGAUGAUGACAAGAAGAUGUAUGUUGAGAAAUACGAGAGAGACAAAGAAAGAUAUUCUGGAGAUAAGACAGCAUGAGAGCAGGGCACCCAAGUAACACUGAAUGGUGAUGGUAACUACAGAUCUCUUUGGUGAAUAUUUAUUCUUAUGUACAUUCAUCUACAGACAGACACAGCAUCGCCUACAAGGGAGUAACUUGUUAAAUGGGAAUUGAGCUGAAUGUAGAGUAAUACUUUGAUUCCUCAAUGUACAAACAAAAUAUACAGACAUAAAGUAAAGCUUUCUAUAAACGUUAUUUUCUUCGGCACAAAAAUCUUCCCUUCAGUAACCCUCCAGUCCCUGCAGGCGCCUCAUCGUUGGUGUGGCUCCAACGACACCACACUUCCUGGCACAGUGAGGCACGGUGGCUGUGAUGACGCUGAUGACUUGCUGUUUGCUCUUGAAGGAGAUGCUUGGUCACCUUCCUCACACAGCUGGUGGGGUGUGGGGUCGUCGGCCACACUUGUGAUGCACCUUCACUUUUUGCAGUCAAGCCUCUCACUACAGACUGGCUCACUGGCCUCUUGGGUUCACAGCCAUGCUGGCCACUUGACUUGUUCUUUGCCGCAAGAGUAAUUAAUGUACAAGAUUUAUCAGUUCAUACUUAAGCAAUCAUUUGUACAUAACUUCAUUGAUACAUUUACAGAAAACUGACCCAAAAAAUUCUUUAUCAUCAUCAAAGCAGGGAUAGGUAUCCAUAUUAUAUUAUCUAGGUAGGAUGAGUAUUACUGUAACGUUAAUUGUGGGACAGGAAGGAAGGGACGUGACUCCUACCAAACUGUGCAAGAAUUAUUCACAUGUCUCCAGGAAAAAUUUAAUGUACUAUGCCAUGGGCAUUACAUGAUGUAAUUUGGCAAGUAAUUUUUCUUAAAAGGACUGGCAGGAAUUUUGGUAUACAACACCUCAGUGCUGGAAUAUUUUAGGUCAUUACACACGCCCACACACUCGGCUAUAUCAAAACAGAUGCUUCGUUGCAUUAUGUAGAAUCAAAGCUGGCCAAGGAAUGUUCAAUUAGCAAAACCCUAAGUACUACAUUAGAGUAAUGUAAACUAACUUACCUUUACAUAGCACCACACUAAACUAUAGAUAAGCAUCAGUACAAUUUUUGCAAUUUGCUCCAUUAAUAAUAUUCAAAGUAUAUGUUUUCUAAUGGAAUUCUUUGGGUCUGUUUUCAGAAAAAUAGCCUAAGCAAUACACAGUUGCUCACU